CCAAGGUAUCGGCGUUGGGUUGUGUUGUGCUGCGGUGGUAUUGUGAAUCGUUCUUGUGGUUUGCUGCUCGAGUUGUAGGUCUAGUGAGCGAUGAGGGUGGUAACUAGGCUUCGACCAUUUUUUGUGAGAGGUGUGUGACCUCUUCCAAGAUUCCGUUCUCGAAAUGGUGAUGCUCGUACGAUUCCGUCCUACGUUUCCUACGCUACCUCAGCGACUUUCUCACUGCGAUGUCUAAGCGACAAUGUUACAGCUUCCAAAUUACUUCUGUCUAACCCUGCUUACACAUUCAUCUCCAGUCGAGUCCUGGCCGUAGAAAACGAGCGGAGUCGCUAGUCCAGAUUCUCGCCUUUCAUCUCAAAACAAUAAACGCUUUAUUCUCUAGGAUGUUCUUGGUGUCGCCACCGACCUUUCGAGAUUUGAUCCUGAGCGAUUCUGGAGUGCUGCUAUCCCUACAGCUGCGUCCAUGGGAGGCUGUCUGGGAACCAGCAAGAAGCACCCGCCACAGCAAGCGACUUUAGAUCAGAAAAGCGAGGAUGAAGCCCCGCCAGGCCUCGGCCCACUCGCCCUACUCGCAGUCGGGCGGAAGCAGCAGCUGCCGCGUGUCUCCCUCCCCGCUCACCCAAGCACUACUACCGGAAAACGGAUGACGUCACGGCGAGAACGAAUGACGUCACGGCGAGAACGGAUGACGUCACGACAGCAGCCGCUGAGUCGAUCAUGGCAGGCAGAAUGGGUCGAAUGACGUCACGCCGAACGGAGAGCAGAGCGCUGUUGAGAAAAGGCCCUUGGAUCGGGAUGGUGCUGCGGGAGCUGUGCUUGCAUCGGGAACAACCCCAACAUCCCCAGCGCCACAGCACCGCCAGCAGCAGCAGCAGCAGCAGUCACCGUCGCCACAGCACCGCCAGCAGCAGCCGCAAACGUCGCCACGUCCCCAAGCACGCUCGCCUGAACCCACGAGAUGGCCGCCUGAGCCCCCGUUAGAGUCACAUUUUGGAAAAGUGACAGCCAGAGCGGCAGUGAGAGAGGGUGAAAGACGACUUUCAGAGGUGCCUGGAGAGGAAACUCGGGAGACGAACGUUGCUUCGCGAGGGACGAGCUCGAAUGUAGGGACGUUUCCCAAAGAGAGACGGGGGAUGGGGUGGAGGUAAGGGCUUGUCGGGAGGGAGGGGUCUGGAUGGGGAGGAGGGUAAUGAAAUGGGCUUUAGCAGCAGCCGUGUUGGUAGUAGUGAGGCUGGGAUAGGGCGGGUCGAUCUGGAGAAAGAAGGAGGACGCGUAGAGGAAGCAGUUGAAGCAGCAGCAGCAGCAGCGCGAGAAGCAGCAGCUGGAGCUGGCGCAGCAGCAGCAGCAGCAGCUGAAGCAACAGCCAGAGCAGAGGCGGGCGAAACGUCUCCGUCGAAGCAACGGGCCUCUGCAGCAGGAGAAGCAAGAGCAGGCGCAGGAGCAGCGGCAGCAUCAGCCACCGCAGCCGCAGCAGCAGCAGCAGCAUUAGCAGUAGGAAAAGUACCCGGGCCAGUAGCCGUGACGAAGCUCCCAGUGCCAGAGUUCUUUCCAGAUUCCACCGACCUCGCGGAUGCGUGGGUGAGCCGGCCGCCCAUCGACGAGGGGAAGCCCAUCCGGUGGCGCAAGGGCGAGCUGAUCGGUGCGGGCGCGUACGGGUGCGUGUACAUGGGGCUCAACCUGGAGUCCGGGGAGCUGCUGGCCGUGAAGCAGGUGCUCAUUCCGAGCAGCUCCACCACCAAGGAGAAGGCGCAG